AUGAGAGCUGAAGUAAGCGGCUGGGUCAGGCGGCUCCUGCAGAAACCCAAGCGAAGCUCCAGCUCCGCAGGAAGCAGCUUGAACACCAAACAGUCGCCCUCCUCCUCUUCCUCCUCCUCGGUGACAACCGCCAGCUCUUCCACCAGCAGUUCGGUGGCCAGCCUAGGACAACUGUCUCCUGCCUCCCAGGUGAGCAUCAGCAGCUCAGGGAGUGCCCGCUGGGCCAAGAGCUAUGACGUGUGCAUCUGCCACAGCAACGAGGACUUUGAGUUUGUCGAGGAGAUGGUCUCCUAUCUGGAGAGCCAGACUGAGGGCAUCCGCUGCUUCCUGCAGCUGCGGGAUGCCAUGCCGGGGAGUGCUAUCACGACAGAACUGUGCGAUGCUGUCCAGAACAGCCACUGCUGGGUCCUGCUAAUAACCCCUAGCUUCCUCGAGGAUCCCUGGUGCAGGUACCAGAUGCAUCAGGCGUUGGCAGAGGCGCCGAUGGCCAAUGGGCGUGCCAUCCCCGUGCUGAAGGGCAUUGACCGGAGAGACUACCCCCGGGAGCUGAGAUGCCUGUAUUAUAUCGAUAUGACGCGCAAGGAGAAUGGCUUCAGGCAGAUUAAGGACACGAUCCUGCGCUACCUGCAGGAGCUCUGUCGAAGCACCGUGAGCAGAACAGAGUGA